AUGGGCAAGCCACAAUCAUCAGCUUUAAAGAAAUCAAAGAAAUAUCUUUAUCAUUUUAUCUCAUCUGUGGGAUAUACUGGAAAAGAUCGAGGCUCUCAACGCUCUAAUUUGAGAUCUUCGGCUCCAUCAGUAGCAAGUGCUGGAAGUGUCGGUAAUUCUAAACCUAGAUGUAAGCAUUGUAAUAAAUUUCAUUUUGGAGAGUGUCGUAUGAGAAGCGGAGGCUGUUAUAGAUGUGGUUCUCUCGACCACUAUCUUAGAGAUUGUCCAAAAAAGUUGAAAAAGAUAUUGUUUCAGACUUCAAAGCCAAGUAACCCUGCCUUGAAAGGUAGACCACCUCGUAACCUCGGUAAUAUGAAUGAUAGCCGAGGUAUAAGAAAAGAUUCAAUUGUUAAAUCUGAAGCACGACCACCAGCCAGGAUAUUUGCUAGACGUGUACGAGAGGAUGCUUCUGCACCUGAUGUUAUUACUGGUACAUUUUCUCUUCUUGAUACAGAUAUUACUUUUUAA